AUGGCAGUGCCGACACGGUCAACACAACGUCAAACCCCUACGAGCUCUACUAUCUCCACAAAGAAGGAUGACCAUCUACCGGAUAGUGUAGAUGCGCUCUCGUUCACCCAAACGAGGAAGAGAAAAGCCGAAAAAUCUCUUCCAAAUCCUUCAAAACAAAGACAUGUCUCCUGCAAUGACCGCCCACGAAUUCCACGCGACUUCCAAGCGCCAUUUCAAGUCCCCAAGGAGAAUGAUAAUGCGGGUGAGGAGCAUGUCACGUCUUUCUCAAACCUAAGGCCCUCGAUGUUGUCUCUACAUGAUCUGAUUCGACGGCACCGACAACGUCUGUAUGUUCAUCCGUUGCAAUGGACUUUACAGCACCUUGAUCUUCUCGACUGUCAAUUUGUUGAUCAAAGCCAGGUGUCGAGGGUUCCUUUGAACGAUGUCACCAAUAGAAAUUUACAGCAGAGCGUGCAGACUCAGAGAAAUGCACCAUCCCAAAAUAUCAAAAAGGCUUUAGUAUCGUUGCGAUCGCAUUCCAACAACGACAAACUCCGGGGUUGGGCUAUCGAAGAUCUGAUGGCUGCUUACGGCUUCCACCACCAACCUGGUCAAAAUUCUCGUGAGGGUGAUGCUCUACUACUCAGGUAUGGCCCGCAUGACGAAGUGCCGUUUCAAGUGGAUGCAUUCUCGCGUUCACACGCCUCCGUGGCUUAUCUCGAUCUUGACCGGAUCGAAUCACUUCGAGCCAACACAGUCUACACGAGGUCAUAUCGUAGACUAUUUCAGAAAUGGCCUAAAAACGAGCCCGUGAAAGCGAUUCUCGAAGCAAAGUUACGCCAAAUACGGCCUUCUGCAAGACAAUAUGAUCCCUUCAUUUUGGCGGUCCUGGUGGCUUUGGCACAGGAGAAACGGAGAUCUUGUGCAACACACAACGCUACAAAGGCAUCAACUUCCACGCUAGAGUUGGACGCAAGGACAAAAUUAUCACAUACAACAGACCCUAUAGCCUCUUUCACGCAGGUUCAUGUGUUAGCCACGAGUACCAACAAAUUAACACGCCUUUGGACAUUUACUGCUCGUUUUCAAGCGUCAUUUUUAAACAAGUUUGACGAUCCAUCUCAAGCCUUCCAUGCUGAUCCAGUGAUCAUAUCGUGCUCGGAGAUACCGCUUUCAUCUGCUUCUGCAGCUACGGAUAUGUUGGACAAGGUCUUUGGAACUUCUGACCAAAUCCAGUAG